AUAAACAAAACAACCAUAUACAAAAACUAAUAUAACCCAAAUGAUAUAUUUUGGUAGAUCAAUUGAUCAUCACUAUACUACAACAACAACAAUGACAAAAACAUUGGAGAUUCAUCUAAGAUCAGCAGAAGGGCUCAAGCUAAACCGAAGAGCGCUCAAGAAAAAGACUCUCGCCGUCGUAAGUAUCGGCGAGAAAAAACGAACAUCUAAACCUGACGAAUCGAGAGUAAGCAACCCAACAUGGAACUUUAAAGCAGAUAUGCCCAUCAACGGUAAUGUACAGUUUAUCUUCAUUGAGGUAUUAUAUCGAACACGUUCUGGGCAAGAUAAAAGCGUCGGAAAGGCUAAAAUCCCGACGAGCGAUUUCAUGGGAAAAUAUUCGCCUGAAGGCCAUUUGAAUUGCUUGAGCUAUAGAUUGAGAGAUGAGUUUGGUGAUAAGUGUGGGAUCGUCAACUUUUCGAUUCUUGUUAAAUCGGAUCCGAAGGCUGUGAGGGAUUACGACGCGUGUUCGUCGCAAGCGAGGGAUACUGGUUUGUGGAGACCGAGAUCGGAUACGCCAUCGAUUGAUGGGUAUGGUGGUCGGAUUGUAACCGGAGUUCCGGUUUGGGGUCUGUACCAACGGCCUUAUUAAAAAAAAUGUUUUUGGGUUUUGGGCUUUGCUCUGCACAGAUUCUUAUUAUUGAUUCUUCUGUCUUUUGUUCCGUUGAUGAUUCCCAAUUUUUGAAUUUUCGGAACAAAACUAACAAAGAUGUUUUGAUUCUUUUUUUUUUUUUUGGUAUUCAGGAAAUACACAAAAAAAAAAAAAAGAUUUAUUUCAAGGUUGAAAAAAUAAAAUAAAAAUCGAAAUUUGUAUGAUGAUGAAUCUAAUAAGAGAACUUGGUGUUACUGUCUA